AUGAUCGGCGACCUGCUUGCCCAGAUCACCGGCGAUGGGGAUGCCGGCUCUACUACAGCAAACACGUCCCAGCUUCCAAAACGCAAGGCCGGCGACGAUCUCGCCCGUCCCUCGAUUUCCAAAGCACCACGGACGGCCUCUAUAGGGGGUGACAACAGUAGCAGGCUCUCAAACUCACGUGGGCCCCUCGACCUGCGUACAAAGACUACGCUUCCAACACUAUCACACGCCUCAGAACCAUCCCGUGUCCGGCCAGUCGCUUCGGUGUCCGGCCCAUUUAAUUCCACCGCCCCAUCUAGGAGAUUGUCUGCCACUCCGUCACGUUAUGGCGCCACAACAUCUCAGCUGUCCUCAGCAACGGAUAGAGGCAGAGGGCCUGUUUCGACAGUGCUGGGUGGCAACAGAUCGCAUUCUGAUGUCACCUCCUCAGCCUCGAAGCCGGCGCCCAAGAAAGGAUCGUACCUCGAAAUCAUGGAACGAGCAAAGGCGGCUCAGGCGGCGAUGGGUCAGGUGGGCAAAAUCCAGCAUAAACCACUGGAGAAAGGGCCGACCAAGAGGGAGCGCAUGGUCGUGCAGGCCGAAGAGGCUCGAGUAGCCAAGAACAGAAACGGGAAGUCGAAGAUGGGCGUCAAACGACCGAUGCCACGGCCGAGCGUGACAAGGCCGAUUAGCAGCAGACCCCUGUCUGGGCCACGGGAGUCACGAACGGGAACGAACCGUCGUCCGAUGGGCAACGUUGCAGAAGCAGGGAAGACCUCCGCCUCCGCCCCCGGACGUAGCGAGACGGCGGGCCGAAAGUCUGGCCCCAGCAAAGAGGAAAAGCAGCCCAAAAAAGCGGCAACAGCCACGACGGGCUAUCAGGGCACAGCAAGGCCGCGCCCAAACUCGUCGACAUCCGCGACAGCGUCCCGGCCAGAUUCCGGUACAGGCGAUUCAAAGUCCAGCUACCGUCCAGCUGCCCGACCCCGGGUGCCCUUUGGUGGACCGCGACGAUCGCGGUACGAAGAGGAGAUGGACGAGGAGAUGGACGAUUUUAUCGAGUACGACGACGAUGACGACGUCGGCCACCCAGAGCGCAGAGGCCACGGUUGGUCUGACGAGGAGGACGGAUUCGAGGACGAGUCUGAUAUGGAAGCCGGAAUAUCAGACAUUGAUGAAGAGGAACAUAUGGCUGAGCGUGUGGCACGGCUAGAAGAUGCCCAGCAAGAGGCGUUGGAGCGGAAGCUCAAGGCAGAGAAGGAACAGCGGAAGCGACAGGCGGUGGCAUCGUCUGACUAUCGGAGAACCAGUGGCAGCGGACUGUUGCGCCGAUAA